AUGCGAUUAAAAAUUUUUUUAGUUAAAAUUAUACAGGAGUAUUCAAAAAAUGAUAUAGAUACGCAAGAAUUAAAUGGUAAAAUUAAUGAGCUUGGUAUGUGCGAUAUUGGAUGUUUAUAUGAUUUUACAUUUUUAAUGAAGAAUCAAGUCAGUUGUCAAUUAAUAGAAUUAUUAAGGUGCUAUAAAAUAAUUGAAGAAAAAUUGUUGUAUAAGAUACUGAAACAAAUAACUGGGAGAGUUUUAUUAGAAUUCAAAGUGCUUAUUUGGAAACCAAGGAACGAGUUACAAAUAAAGGAAGAAAAGCAGUGCGGUAUUAGCGAUAAAGAUAAAAGAGCUAAGUCACAUAGUAAUCGUACUGAAGUGGGUGUUAAAAAUGUUGGCUGUAAGAUGUUAGAAAGUAAUUGGAAUAAAUGGAAUGAUUUGGCAUUCCAUCGAGGUGGUCAUUGGGCAAAUUUUUAG